UUCUUAACUACGCUCCCGCGCUUCCUGGGCUGCUGGGGCCGGCAUCUUGUUUGGGUCUGGUUGUAGCCUCCCGGCCAGGACGGCGCUUGCUGCAGUUUGUUGGAUGAAUGGAUGGAUGGACGAAAAGAAGAAACGUGGUUGCGUCGUCAUAGGGAUGUGGAGUCGGCCCCAGAGGUGCACACGUCCCUCAUUAGCCUACCAGCGCUUCACCGGGCCUCACCUGUCACUCUGGGCGGGUCGAAGUACGCGCGCCACUUCCGGUCCUGGCUCCACCCCCUCAACCGGCUGCCGUCCGCUUCGCGUUCCAGAAGUUUGUCCCCAGCGCCGAGCCGUCUCCCCGCCCUCGCUGCUGCCAUGGCGGCAGCUCCGCCGCUCUCCAAGGCCGAGUAUCUGAAGCGUUACUUGUCCGGGGCAGAUGCCGGCGUCGACGGGGGCUCCGAAUCCAGUCGCAAGCGCCGUAAAAAGCGGCCGAAGUCUGGCGGGGCCGGAGGCAAGGGAAUGCGGAUUGUGGAUGAUGAUGUGAGCUGGACAUCUAUCUCUACCAGUAAACCAGAAAAGGAGGAAGAGGAAGAUGAUGGAGAUUUGCCUGUGGUAGCUGAGUUUGUGGAUGAGCGGCCGGAAGAGGUAAAGCAGAUGGAGGCCUUUCGUUCCAGUGCUAAAUGGAAGCUUCUGGGAGGCCACAGUGAAGAUCUGUCCUCACAUAGGCGUUUUCAUCAUGAUACUCUGGAUCCAUCUCCUCCCAGGCGGGCCCGUCACGAUACCCCGGAUCCUUCUCCUCCCAGGCGGGCCCGUCACGAUACCCCGGAUUCAUCUCCUCCCAGAUGGGCCCGUCACGAUACCCCAGAUCCAUCUCCUCCCUGGAGGGCCCGUCACGAUACCCCGGAUCCGUCUCCUCCCAGGCGGGCCCGUCACGAUACCCCGGAUCCAUCUCCUCCCUGGAGGGCCCGUCACGAUACCCCGGAUCCAUCUCCUCCCAGGCGGGCCCGUCACGAUACCCCGGAUCCAUCUCCUCCCUGGAGGGCCCGUCACGAUACCCCAGACCCUUCUCCUCCCUGGAGGGCCCGUCACGAUACCCCGGAUCCGUUUCCUCCCAGGUGGGCCCGUCACGAUACCCCGGAUCCAUCUCCUCCCAGGCGGGCCCGUCACGAUACCCCGGAUCCUUCUCCUCCCUGGAGGGCCCGUCACGAUACCCCGGAUCCUUCUCCUCCCAGGAGGGCCCGUCAUGAUUCUCCAGAUCCUUCUCCCUCCAGGAAGCCUCAUCGUAAUUCUACAGGUGUAUCUCCUAGGAGAGUUCAUUGUGACUCACCAGAUCCAUCUCCUCUUAGGAGAGCCCAUCGCAAUUCCUCAGAUAUCCCUUCCCCUAGAAGGGCCCGCAACAGCUCCCCUGACACAUCUCAACCUAGGACUCUUGACUCCUCCAACACAUGGCAACUCAGGAGGGCCCGUCAUGACUUCCCUGAUUUGGCUCCUGAUGGCACUCAUUCACUGCCCAGAAACAAAACUAGUAAAGCCCCAGAAAGAGCCUCUAGCAAGCCUUCUCCACAUCAGAAGAGGCCACUGCCAAAGAACAGCAAACAUGAGUGUGACUGGGACCUCUCUCCUCCACGAAAAAAGCAAGCAAAAUCCCAUUUUGGAGAUAAGAAGCGGCUUGAUUCUAAAGGUGAUGGCCAGAAAGCCUCUGAUUCAGAUCUUUCUCCUCCACGGCAUAAACAAAGUCCAGGGCAUCAGGCUUCUGAUUCAGAUCUGUCACCUCCACGGAAUAGGCCUAGACACCGGAGCUCUGAUUCUGACCUCUCUCCACCAAGGAGGAAACAGAGGACCAAAUCUUCUGAUUCUGAUCUGUCUCCACCUCGAAGGAGUCAGCCUCCUGGAAAGAAGGCUACACAUAUGUAUUCUGGGGCUAGAACUGGGUUGGUGUUAACUGACAUACAGCGAGAGCAGCAGGAGCUCAAGAAACGGGACCAAGAAACUAUGGCAUUUGAAGCUGAAUUCCAAUAUGCUGAAACUGUAUUUCGAGAUAAGUUUGGUCGUAAGAGGAAUUUGAAACUGGAACGUUUAGAGCAAAGGAGGAAAGCAGAGAAGGACUUAGAGAGAGAAGAACUAUAUGCCCAGUGGGGAAAAGGGCUUGCCCAGAGCCAACAACAGCAACAAAAUGUAGAGGAUGCAAUGAAGGAGAUGCAAAAGCCUCUGGCCCGCUAUAUUGAUGACGAAGAUCUGGAUCGGAUGUUAAGAGAACAAGAAAGAGAGGGGGACCCCAUGGCCAACUUCAUCAAGAAGAGUAAGGCCAAGGCGAACAAGAAUAAAAAAGUGAGACCCCGCUACAGUGGUCCAACGCCUCCUCCCAACAGAUUUAAUAUCUGGCCUGGCUAUCGCUGGGAUGGAGUGGACAGAUCCAAUGGUUUUGAACAAAAGCGCUUUGCCAGAUUUGCCGGCAAGAAGGCAGUGGAGGAACUUGCCUACAAAUGGAGUGUUGAAGAUAUGUAACUUUUCUGAGGCUGUGGGGAUGGCUCUGGGUUGUGUUAGUGGGCAAAGGACAGCAAGACAUCCAGAUGUAACAGCUGUCUAUGCUAAUAAUCAGGGCCCACACAAACCACCAACUUGUUGAAUGCCAGUUUUGGCCACAGAAGAAUAUUCGAGACCUGAUCUUUGGACUGAGGUGCCUGUACUUCUCAAGUAUGACAACACUGGCAAUUUGCUGGCUUUCAGAGGAAGCAUUGAUUUCUCAGUGUCCCAGGGUUUCUUCUUAAUUAGGCGUUUUCUUUUUCUUUUUUAAAUAAACAUACAUUUAUUUUUUUAAAAUUA